AUGAUUGAAUCUUGUACAAAGAAACGAAUGUUGUUAGGUAUAAUUUUAUUAGGAGGAUUAACAAUAAUAGUGUUGAUAGUUGAAAGUCACUGGACGAAUUCACCAAAUAAACUUUAUCUCGAUAACUUUGAGAAUAAUACAGUUUGUUUGUCGGGAGACGAAUAUGAGAUAUUAACAGAAUGUCAUCCAUGCGAUGCAUUUGAAAUUGCAAGUGAAAGUAUUGCAGUGUGUAUACAUGCAAGAUACAAAGAAGUUUUGAAGUGUAAAAGUGGAGAGACUAAAACAAGAAGUUGUGACCGAGUAGCAUGGCUAGAAGAAAGAGCAUUUUGGAAAUUCGAAGGUUUUAUGUUUGCCCUUGCAUUUACUUCUUGUAUUAGCGUAUAUUGGAGGGAAAAUAUACUAAGGCAAAGAAUUAUUCGUAAAGUUGCAAGACAAUUAAGAGAUAGCGUAUAA